UUCCAUGGCUGGUCCCGUAGUAAGAGGACCUACUGUCAGACUGAUGGAGCUUCCAUGGUUGGUCCUGUAGUAAGAGGACCUACUGUCAGAACUGGUCUUUCUACUAUUCCUGACAUGGUUUCGAGGCCUGUUCAGAAAUCUUGUGCCCAUAAAUGUGCUGUGACAAAGGAUACUUUAAUAGUGAAUAAUAUGUACUUCAUAGCUUUCAUUAGUAAGCUUAUCAACAGCUUGGAUUGUGUAAAGCAGAAAUACCAGGUUGAAAGUUAUCUUGUAAACUGCAGCAGAGUUGUUGGGUGUAACAGAUGUUACUGUCGGUAUGGUUUUUGAUAAGCUGGAUAACCUGGGGGUGGAUUGUCUCAGCAUGAUAUAAACCCCAAUGUUUGCAAACGCAGAAAGGGAUCUAUUGAUAUAGUUUAUUAGGGGGUGUGGGAGUGUUUUUUGGGGGAAGGGGAGGGUGUGGUAGAAGUUAAUAGGUAUUUCUUGGUAUAUUUUCUUAGUACAGAAUUAGACAGACAUGCAUGUUUGUUUGUGGACCUCCAUGAUACAAUAGGAGGUCUGCAUCAACGGACUUCAGUGCAGGUAGUGCCUCAUCAGAGAGAGAACAUUUCAGUUGCACUACAGUUCUGAAGCUGAAUGUAAUGAUGAUCAGUUCUUUACAUGUGUACUAAUAUUCAGACACUGAUCAUUCUUACUAUUGUGUGAAUGGGAAAUAAAAUAGGUUUUUGUGAGUGAAGUAAUACAGGGAAUACAAGGUUAUUCAUAAAAAUGGUACAUAGUACCUCCUAAAUCAUACUGCAAUCUUGUCCUAAAUUGUUUUAUGCAUUUAUGUGAAUUUAGGAAAUCUAAGUUAAUAGGGAUUUCUUGGUUUAUUUUCAUAGUACAGAAUUAGACAGACAUGCACCUUAAAUGUUUGUUUGUGGACCUCCAUGAUACCAUCUGCAUCAACGGACUUCAGUGCAGGCUCAGAUUAAGAGGCCGUUAACGUCAACAGUGAGGACAAACCCAGUCUGCUUCUUUCCUUCAACACCGAGUCUGAACCUACAGUCACUGGGUCCUGAUUGUGACAGUGGAGCCCAGUUUGCACUGCAGGAUCCAGAGAUGGCAUCAGUGAAGCUGGAAGACUGCAGUCAAACACUGGAGCUGAAUGUCAUCAUUAAAGAUGAAGAAGAGGAGGAGGAGAUUGGUACAUCUGAUAGUCAUGGGGACCAUGUUGAGACAUUCUCUACAUCCAGAGAGCAACAGCAGGAAGGUCACAGAGCUAAGAGGUCUCACCACUGCCCACAUUGUGAGGAGAUUUUCCCAAUUCUAUCAAAGCUAAAAAUACACCUAAAAAUACACACAGGAGAGAAGCCUUACUCCUGCUCCGACUGUGGGGGGAGAUUCUCCCGAUUGGAUACCUUAAAAUGUCACCACCGAAUACAUACAGGAGAGAAGCCUUACUCCUGCUUUGACUGUGGUAAAUGCUUUAAAACAUCAACUGAGCUAAAAUCUCAUCAGCGAAGACACACAGGAGAGAAGCCUUACUCCUGCUCUGACUGUGGAGAGAGUUUCUCCAGAUUGGAUACCUUAAAAUGUCACCAACAAAUGCAUACAGGAGUGAAGCCUUACUCCUGCUCUGAAUGUGGAAAGAGUUUCUCUCAACAGGGCAACUUAAAAACACACCAACGUAUACAUAAAGGAGAGAAGCCUUACUCCUGCUCUGACUGUGGGAAAGGCUUUAAAACAUCAACUGAGCUAAAAUCUCACCAGAGAACUCACACAGGAGAGAAGCCUCACUACUGCUCUGACUGUGGGGCGAGUUUCUCUCAAUUGAGCAAUUUAAGAAGACACCAACGUAUACAUAAAGGAGAGAAGCCUUACCACUGCUCUGACUGUGGGACGAGUUUCUCUCAAUUGAGCAACUUAAAAACGCACCAACGCAUACAUAAAGGAGAGAAGUUCUCUCAGACCAGCUAAGAUUAAAGUCACUCCAUCACUUAAUUCUCAUUUGAUAAAAGAAGUGGUAACAGUGAAUUGGAUCAAAUGAAGAAAGCGUAGAACACUGUAAUCUUAUUGUUUCUCACUGUGAGAGAACUGUGCAGAGGAAAAGGAUUGUUAUAGAAUGUUAGCCUCUCUUUACUGAUCAGUGUGCACCUUGUCAGUUUUGGUGUGUUUUGUUAGAUUCUACUGUAAACAUGUUGAGAUUACCUGGAUUUUCCCUUAGCGUUGAAAACCCUCUGAGGGAUCACUUGUUAAAACAAUGCAGUGUGAUGGUUGACUGGGUGGUACGGCUUCCUUCUGCAGUUUUCUGUUGCAAUGAGUUAGUAGACCAAAUAUGUAUCAGAUAGAGAUGGGGUGAUGAUCAGUUUUCACCACUAGUUUGGGUGUAUUAUUUUUGCUAUUAAUCAACUUUGUUUAAUGAUAAACAGGCUUUGAAACAUCGACACUGAAAGAAUAUACAUAAAUGCAACAUGUUUUUAUUUAAAUUUUUAUUUCACCUUUAUUUAACCAGGUAGGCUAGUUGAGAACAAGUUCUAAUUUGCAACUGCGACCUGGCAACAUGUGAAGUGUUGGUCCCAUGUUUCAAGACCAGAAAUGUUCCAUAUGCACAAAAAGGGUAUUUAUCUCAAAUUCUGUGCUCAAAUUUGUUUCCAUCCCUGUUAGUUAGCAUUUUUCCUUUGCCAAUAUAAUCCAUCCAUCUGACAGAUGUGGCAUAUCAAGAAGCUGAUUAAACAGCAUGAUCAUUACACAGGUGAACCUUGUGCUGGGAACAAUACAAGGACAGCCUAAAAUGUGCAGUUUUGUCACACAACCCAAUGCCACAGAUGUCUCAUGUUUUAAGGGAAUGUGCAAUUGGCAUGCUGACUGUAGGAAUACCCACCAGAGCUGUUGCCAGAUAAUUGAACGUUAAUUUCCCUACAAUAAGCUGCCUCCAACAUUGUUUUAGAGAAUUUGGCAGUACCUCCAACCGGCCUCAACCGCAGACCAUGUGUAUGGUGUUGUGUGGGCGAGCGGUUUGCUGAUGUGAAUGUUGUGAACAGAGUGCCCCAUGGUGGCAGUGAGGUUACGGUAUUGUUAGGCAUAAACUACGGACAACAAACACCAUUUUUGUGCCAUUCAUCUGCCGCCAUCACCUCAUGUUUCAGUAUGAUAUAAUGCAGCUUUGUGAGGCUCAUUUGAACUUGUUGAAUUUCUGGGAUCUUUUAUUUCAACUUCAUGAAACAUUGGACCAACACUUUACGUUGCGUUUAUAUUUUGUAGAUUUGUUAUUUUAAUCAUUGAUAAUUAAUGUAUUUGGAUAACUGUAGUGAACUUAAUUGAUCUACUAAUGAAAAAUAAAUGUUCUACAUUAA